GCCUUUAGUGAUCCAUCAGAGGUGAAUUGUUUGUUUCUGGGACUUUAUCACAUAUUAAACUCUGAGUCGGGUUUUUAGUUUGAUCCGUCCCCACCCCCCGGGGUAGCGAGGUGCACACGGCCCUGCCAAGUCAGUUUGAAAAGAUCAGACAAAGGCAGCAGGAAGCCCCUCGGCUUGGCAAUGCGCGCGAGCGGAGCGCGAGCGCUUGUUUUCUCACGGUAGCGAUCGGUACCGGCUCGGUUUUCUUCAUCUACUUUCCGUUUUUUUUUUGUAGGCAGUUUUAUUAAAAGAUAAACUUCUCUUUUAAGCACCGGGUGGAGGGAAAAAAAUAAUGUACGACCGCCUGGAUCCUCGCGCGCAGCGGAGACGGUUAUCUCAACGGAAAAUGGGCAGCGUCGCGUGACCGAGCGCGAGCGUUUGUUUCGCCGUGUGAGUGUGUGGUGUGGUGUGCCUGUGUGUGUGUGUGUUGUUUUGGAAAGCAGCUCCCAGUCCUGUCCGUCUUAAAUGUAGAACCGAGCCUUUAUCCUUUCCUUAAGUGAACUUGUGUAGACGUUAAGAUGGAGACGCACGUCUCGUGCCUCUUCCCAGAGAUUUUAGCCAUGAUCUUCAGCUACCUGGACGUGAGGGACAAAGGCCGGGUGGCCCAAGUGUGCACCGCCUGGAGAGACGCGUCCUACCACAAGUCUGUGUGGAGAGGGGUGGAAGCCAAGCUGCAUCUCAGGAGGGCCAACCCGUCCCUGUUCCCCAGCCUUCAGGCCCGGGGCAUCCGGAGGGUGCAGAUUCUCAGCCUGAGGCGCAGCCUGAGCUAUGUGAUCCAGGGCAUGCCCAACAUCGAGAGCCUGAACCUGAGCGGCUGCUACAACCUGACUGACAACGGCCUGGGGCAUGCUUUCGUCCAGGAGAUCUCCUCCUUGCGUGUUCUCAACCUGAGCUUGUGCAAGCAGAUUACGGACUCCAGCCUGGGCCGGAUAGCUCAGUACCUAAAAAACUUGGAGGUCCUGGAGUUGGGUGGCUGCAGCAACAUCACAAACACUGGUCUGCUCCUGAUCGCGUGGGGCUUGCACCGGCUCAAGAGCCUCAACCUGAGAAGCUGCAGGCACGUCUCCGACGUGGGCAUCGGCCACCUUGCAGGCAUGACCCGAAGCGCCGCCGAGGGAUGCCUCAGCCUGGAGUAUCUUACGCUUCAGGACUGCCAGAAGCUCACAGACCUGUCUCUGAAGCACAUCUCCAAAGGCCUGGCCAGGCUCAAAGUUCUCAACCUGAGCUUUUGCGGGGGCAUCUCGGACGCUGGAAUGAUCCACCUGUCCCACAUGACCAGCCUGUGGAGCCUUAACCUGCGAUCGUGCGAUAACAUCAGCGACACGGGCAUCAUGCAUCUAGCCAUGGGGACGCUACGACUUUCUGGCUUGGACGUGUCUUUCUGCGACAAGAUCGGCGACCAGAGCCUGGCGUACGUAGCCCAGGGCCUGUACCAGCUCAAGUCCCUGUCGCUGUGCUCGUGCCACAUAAGCGACGAUGGCAUCAACCGGAUGGUGCGCCAGAUGCACGAGUUGAGGACCCUGAACAUUGGCCAAUGCGUGCGGAUUACAGACAAAGGCCUGGAGCUCAUAGCGGACCACCUGACCCAGCUGACCGGUAUUGAUUUGUAUGGAUGUACAAAAAUUACUAAAAGGGGACUGGAGAGGAUAACGCAGCUCCCCUGCCUUAAAGUUUUAAACCUGGGCCUUUGGCAGAUGACUGAAAGCGAAAAAGUGCGGUAAAAACUUGGGUGAGAUUGUGCAUGGGAGGGGGAGGGGCAUGAAGUGGGCGGGGAAUUUACAUUAUUCUAAAGGGGUGUGUGGGGGGAUUAAAGCGAUUUAAAAUGAUUCGCCUGGGAAGAAAAUCUAAACAGUAUCUCAUCUGGCGUUUUAUUAACCCAUUGUAUCAGUCAGAGUGUAGUGUGCAACACUGAAAAUGAAAAAAACAAAAAGUUUUAAUCUCUAACCGGUUGCAAUACUAAGCCUAAAUCACGUCCAUCCCUACUAAACGUUGCGUCUAAAACAUUUCGGCUACCUCGUACCUGUGUUUUAACUUAAUCAAAAGAGGCGGAUAUGGAGAUAAUUUGUGCCUGGGAAGCAAACCCCCUCCCCCAUCUCAUUUCUCGCCUGAGAAUAGCAUAAAAAAGGAAAAGAAAAAAACAACAACAACGGCUUAACUACCUUUGUUAAUUUUUUUGCCUGAAAUGACCAACAAAAGACUGAAACGAAGCGAAAGAGAGUCAGAGAAGAGUCAAAGCACAGAUUGUUUUUAGCUCGGACUGAAAUGAGUUUAUGCAAAGACGGAUGAAUACUGGUUUGUAUACAAAGAGCUUUUAUAUAUAUAUAUAUAUAAAUAUAUAUAUAUAUAUAAUUAUGUAUAUAUAAUUAUAUAUAUGUAUAUAUAUAUAUAUAAUUAUGUAUAUAUAAUUAUAUAUAUGUAUAUAUAUAUAUAUACACGUAUAUUUUUCAUCCUGUUUAGUUUUGGAUUUAAGGCCGUGCCGAAGCCUUUAUUGAUUCAAGCUUUGAAUAAGAGGUCCGCUCUGCUGAUGUAUUCAUGCUUAUGUAAGCAGAUAUUGUUUAAUUAAUGAAUUAACGGCUGUUAUUCAGAGCAUUGUACUUCAGAGCAUUGUACUUCAAAUUGAAGUGAUUUUUCUUUCUUUUUUUUGGGGAACAGAAAAACGUCAGUAGCUAAUUCUACAGUCUCAUUCACCUUAUAUUAUUAUUAUUAUUAUUAGUACUAUUAUUAUUAUUAUUAUUUCUGCUUAGAGGUCAAACAUCAAAAUAACAGGAUACAUUAUUUUGUCCUCAUUUUAAACAAGCUAAUGUUUAAAAUUCACCUUAGAAGGACUAUAUUAAACGGAGAUGAAUUUUUUAUUUUAUUUUAAAGAUGAUGAAAUUUUUUUUGUCCCGGAUUUCUUCGGGGUAAGAAGCAUCGCAUAUCAGGCCUGUGUGAUAUAUGAUAUGAUAUGAUGUACUGAGUCCUGCUGACAAGCUACUGUGUUUUAAAUGUACUGUAUGUAUUUGUAAAGAAAAAGAGAAAAGAAAUCUCAAAUUGUUUUAUAUUCUUACAGUAAACAUUAAAGUUGAUAUUUAUAUAAUUAAAAAAAAA